AUGCACAGACUGAAUGCUAAACUGUUAGUAAUGCACAGACUGAAUGCUGAGCUGUUAAUAAUGCACAGACUGAAUGCUGAGCUGUUAAUAAUGCACAGACUGAAUGCUGAACUCUUAGUAAUGCACAGACUGAAUGCUGAACUGUUAAUAAUGCACAGACUGAAUGCUGAGCUGUUAAUAAUGCACAGACUGAAUGCUGAGCUGUUAAUAAUGCACAGACUGAAUGCUGAACUGUUAAUAAUGCACAGACUGAAUGCUGAGCUGUUAAUAAUGCACAGACUGAAUGCUGAACUGUUAGUAAUGCACAGACUGAAUGCUGAACUCUUAGUAAUGCACAGACUGAAUGCUGAACUGUUAGUAAUGCACAGACUGAAUGCUGAACUGUUAAUAAUGCACAUACUGAAUGCUGAACUCUUAGUAAUGCACAGACUGAAUGCUAAACUGUUAGUAAUGCUCAGACUGAAUGCUGAACUGUUAAUAAUGCACAGACUGAAUGCUGAACUCUUAGUAAUGCACAGACUGAAUGCUAAACUGUUAGUAAUGCACAGACUGAAUGCUGAACUGUUAAUAAUGCACAGACUGAAUGCUGAGCUGUUAGUAAUGCACAGACUGAAUGCUGAACUGUUAGUAAUGCACAGACUGAAUGCUAAACUGUUAGUAAUGCACAGACUGAAUACUGAACUGUUAGUAAUGCACAGACUGAAUGUCACGUUCGUUCAUAGACGGGUCGGACCAAGGCGCAGCGUGAUAUGCAUACAUGUUUAUUAUAACGAAUAAACACAAUGACAAAACAACAAACGAAACUAAACGAAACGUGAAGUCCAAGGUAGACACAAACAACAUACCUUACACGGAACAAGAUCCCACAACCCACUAGUGCCAAAAGGCUGCCUAAGUAUGGUCCCCAAUCAGAGACAACGAGCGACAGCUGCCUCUGAUUGGGAACCACACCGGCCAACGUAGAUCUAGACGUACUAGAACUACAACAUAGAAAUACACAACAUAGAAACUACUCAUAUAAGCGUCCCCUGAGUCAGGGCGUGACACUGAAUACUGAACUGUUAGUAAUGCACAGACUGAAUGCUGAACUUCCUGCACAGUUAGUAAUGCACAGAUUGAAUGCUGAACUUCCUACUUUGCUCAUAUGGCUACACUCAAAAUGGCCGCCAGUCCACCCAUUACGUUAACAUUGACUUGAAUACGGAUGUCCAUGCUAGUAAUUCUAUUUCUGAGGUACUGACCACAUGGUGAACACAGAGGUAGAGGCCAGGCUUGAGUGAUGACUCAAAAGGUUCUAUGUCGUGUAACAUCUGUCUGUCCCUCUCUCUGUAUCUGUGUCUGACUGUCUGUCCCUCUCUCUCCCUCUGUGUCUGACUGUCUGUCCCUCCCUCUGUGUCUGACUGUCUGUCCCUCUCUCUGUGUCUGACUGUCUGUCCCUCUCUCUGUGUCUGACUGUCUGUCCCUCUCUCUGUGUCUGACUGUCUGUCCCUCUCUCUGUGUCUGACUGUCUGUCCCUCUCUCUGUGUCUGACUGUCUGUCCCUCUCUCUGUGUCUGACUGUCUGUCCCUCUCUCUGUGUCUGACUGUCUGUCCCCUCCCCUCUUGCUCUCCUCCUCGGUCUGACUGUCUGUCCCUCUCUCUGUGUCUGACUGUCUGUCCCUCUCUCUGUGUCUGACUGUCUGUCCCUCUCUCUGUGUCUGACUGUCUGUCCCUCUCUCUGUGUCUGACUGUCUGUCCCUCUCUCUGUAUCUGUGUCUGACUGUCUGUCCCUCUCUCUGUAUCUGUGUCUGACUGUCUGUCCCUCUCUCUGUGUCUGACUGUCUGUCCCUCUCUCUCUCUCUGUGUCUGACUGUCUCUCCCUCUCUCUGUGUCUGACUGUCUGUCCCUCUUCUCUCUGGUCGACUGUCUGUCACCUCUUCGUGUCUGACUGUCUGUCCUCUCUCUCUCUGUGUCUGACUGUCUGUCCCUCUUCUCUGUGUCUGACUGUCUGUCCCUCUCUGUCUCUCUCUCUCGUGUCUGACUGUCUGUCCCUCUCUCUGUGUCUGACUGUCUGUCCCUCUCUCUCCUCUGUGUCUGACUGUCUGUCCCCUCUCCUCUCGUGUCUGACUGUCUGUCCCUCUCUCUCCUCUGUGUCUGACUGUCUGUCCUCUCCUCUCUCUGUGUCUGACUGUCGUCCUCCUCUCUCUCUGUGUCUGACUGUCUGUCCCUCUCUCUCUGUGUCUGACUGUCUGUCCCUCUCUCUGUGUCUGACUGUCUGUCCUCUCUCUCUGUGUCUGACUGUCUGUCCCUCUCUCUGUGUCUGACUGUCUGUCCCUCUCUCUGUGUCUGACUGUCUGUCCCUCUCUCUGUGUCUGACUGUCUGUCCCCUCUCUCUGUGUCUGACUGUCUGUCCCUCUCUCUGUGUCUGACUGUCUGUCCCUCUCUCUGUGUCUGACUGUCUGUCCCUCUCUCUGUGUCUGACUGUCUGUCCCUCUCUCUGUGUCUGACUGUCUGUCCCUCUCCUCUGUGUCUGACUGUCUGUCCCUCCCUCUGUGUCUGACUGUCUGUCCCUCUCUCUGUGUCUGACUGUCUGUCCCUCUCUCUGUGUCUGACUGUCUGUCCCUCUCUCUGUGUCUGACUGUCUGUCCCUCUCUCUGUCUGAUGUCUGUCCCUCUCUCUGUGUCGACUGUCUGUCCCUCUCUCUGUGUCGACUGUCUGUCCCUCCUCUGUGUCUGACUGUCUGUCCCUCCUCUGGUGUCUGACUGUCUGUCCCUCUUCUGUGUCUGACUGUCUGCUCUCUGUGUCUGACUGUCUCUCCCUCUCUGUGUCUGACUGUCUGUCUCUCCCUCUGUGUCUGACUGUCUGUCCCUCUCUCUGUGUCUGACUGUCUGUCCCUCUCUCUGUGUCUGACUGUCUGUCUCUCUCUCUGUGUCUGACUGUCUGUCCCUCUCUCUCUGUGUCUGACUGUCUGUCCCUCUCUCUGUGUCUGACUGUCUGUCCCUCUCUCUGUGUCUGACUGUCUGUCCCUCUCUCUGUGUCUGACUGUCUGUCCCUCUCUCUGUGUCUGACUGUCUGUCCCUCUCUCUGUGUCUGACUGUCUGUCCCUCUCUCUCUCUCGGUGUCUGACUGUCUGUCCCUCUCUCUCUCUCGGUGUCUGACUGUCUGUCCCUCCCCAGCCCUGCUGUAUAACCUGAAGGUUCCUCGUUGGGACUUCCAGACAGGCCGACAGCUGAGGACCUCUCCCCUGUACGACCGCCUUGACACACAGGGAGCCAGAUGGAUGGAGAAACACGGCUUUGAGAGGGCCAAGUACUUCAUCCCUGCAGGGAAGGGUGAGGCGGCAUACACAGACACACCACCACACACACACACACACACACACACACACACACACACAGCUCCCGUACAAAUGUUCAUUUCCCAAUGCUUCUGUCUAUCAGAGACCUGCUGUCUCUUUGCACUGUCUGUCUGUCAGAAUUAAACAGUUAUACCAUCUGUUCUCAGACCUGCUGUCUCUGGAUGCCAGUAAGACGUUCUAUAAGCCUGACUGGUUUGACAUCGUGGGGGCGGAGGUGAAGUGCUGCAAGGAGGCCGUCUGUGUCAUCGACAUGUCCUCCUUCACCAAGUUUGAGCUCACUGUGAGUGACCCCUGGGAGGAGAGGGGAGGAGAGGAGAGGGGAGGAGAGGAGAGGAGAGGAGAGGAGAGGAGAGGAGAGGAGAGGAGAGGAGAGGAGAGGAGAGGAGGGGAGGGGAGGGGAGGGAGGGGUAUCGUGUUAUCAUCUUCCUCAUAUGAUGUAACCUGUAGGUGGCAGCACUGACCGCUAGACCCACAGAAGGAAAUAGAAAACGGAAUGUUUGUAUAAUGUGAAUGACAUUAUCUCCAUGGCCACCCCAGGUCACAUGACAUUAUCUCUAUGGCCACCCCAGGUCACAUGACAUUAUCUCCAUGGCCACCCCAGGUCACAUGACAUUAUCUCUAUGGCCACCCCAGGUCACAUGACAUUAUCUCUAUGGCCACCCCAGGUCACAUGACAUUAUCUCUAUGGCCACCCCAGGUCACAUGACAUUAUCUCUAUGGUCACCCCAGGUCACAUGACAUUAUCUCUAUGGCCACCCCAGGUCACAUGACAUUAUCUCCAUGGUCACCCCAGGUCACAUGACAUUAUCUCUAUGGUCACCCCAGGUCACAUGACAUUAUCUCUAUGGCCACCCCAGGUCACAUGACAUUAUCUCUAUGGUCACCCCAGGUCACAUGACAUUAUCUCCAUGGCCACCCCAGGUCACAUGACAUUAUCUCCAUGGUCACCCCGGGUCACAACCUUUCUUUCUGUGCCAGUCUGCAGAUGACCAGGCGUUGGAGCUGCUACAGCACCUGUGUGCCAAUGACCUAGAUGUGCCAGUGGGUCACAUCGUUCAUACGGGCAUGCUGAACGAGAGGGGCGGAUAUGAGAACGACUGCAGCGUGGUCAGAGUCAAGAAGAAC